UGUGAUGUGUGUGUGAGGAGGUGGUUUGACUGUGCUCUCUUUUGCACUCACAGUCCCUCGCCUGCACUUGUGUAAAUCUCACAGACGCAAAAACAUGUCCAACAUUACAGUGGAGAAUGGAACAGAGCCGGACUUGAGUAACACGGCGUACGCUGUGGUGUUUGGAUCUGUAACGGCUCUGGGUUUUCCCCUCAAUGCCGUGUCUUUGUGGAUUCUGUUAUGCUGCCACAGCCGCAAAUCCCCCAGCACCAUCUUCAUGAUCCACCUGGCCAUCUCCGACCUGCUGCUCGCCUCCUCCUUACCCCUGAGGGUCUACUUUUACGCCACGGGGUCCUGGCCUUUUGGCUUCAUGACGUGCAUUUGGGUCACGAUGCUUUUUCGCAACAACAUCCGCUCCAGCUCCAUCUUCAUCACUUUCAUCAGCGUGGACCGGCUGCUGGCUGUGGUUUAUCCUCUGAGGUCGCGCCACCUUCGAACCUCUUCAAACGCCUGCAAAGCUGUCGCGCUCGUUUGGGUGUUGGUGUGUGCGUUGAACAUCCCGGAGAGCAUAACGUUUUGGAGGUUUCACUCCAAUAAAUCCAGAUGUUUCGAUUUCGGCGAUCGUUUCGAAUUCGACGAUCGUUUCGAAUUCGAGGAUCGCCCCAGAUCAGGAUGGUUUUACGUUCAGCCUGUGUUGGUUCUCGCCAUGCUGGCAGUGAACGUGGUGUCCACGGUUCUCGUCUCACGGACUCUCCGCAGACACCUGAAUGACUCGGCAAGGGUCUUCAACAAGGUGAACGUCAUGCUGAUUUUCGCCAUGAAUCUGAUAAUGUUCAGCGUGUUUUUCUUGCCUGUAUCAUUGUUUCUUAUAUUUAAAAAAUCGGGACCUGCUCUGACUCCAUUGGUAUGCCUGGCCAGUGUGAACUGCUGCCUGGAUCCUUUGUUGUAUUACUUUUCCUUUGAUGGUUUCUGGAAGAGAAAGGAGGAUGCUGAUUCCUCUGGUGGGAGAGAGUAGUGCGUGAUAACAAUCGAUAAGGACAGAAUGCAUUCGAGUGUGUGUGGAUGUGACAUAAAAGGCAAAAAACGGAAUUAUUGUAUAUUGUAAAUGUUCACUUUAUAAUCAAAACUAACUUGUUAAUUUGAUGAAAAUGUUUGUUUGAUGAUCUGACACAGAGAUACUGAUUCAGAUAGCAGUCGACUCAUCAGACGUUGUUUUUUCCUCUCCUCACAUGACCUCAGUACAGCUACAGCUGCGCGUGUGAAGACUCAUUUUAGUAUCAGUUCACAUCUGAGCUGCAAAGAUCUGAACAUUGGAUCCUCUGGCAUCUUGGUGACAUGUAUUAAAUACAACUACUUCCCUGUGAUUAAUAAAUAAGUCUUACUGA